CAGUCAUCGCUUUGUGCUCUUUGAAUGUGGUCGGCAUUGUGUUCGCGUCGGAAAUUGAGUGUUAUUUUUAUAGACUAAUAAAUAUGAAACAGCUACUAAGACUGCCCGCCAUUCUGGGGACUUUUUUGCUGUUAACAGUAUCUGAAACAAACACACAACAGGUGCCGCCUAUCGCUUGUCCACAGUACUUUGAGUAUUUGUCCUACAAUCGGGAGUUCGUGGGUCGUAUUACAAUGCAACACGAUCCACGCUAUCAGGAUAAUGUGCUGCAAGUGGAGUUCUCCCAACGCGGUCACCUGGGAUCGAACUACGUUGGCAGCCUGUCACUUUGGGAUGACGAGGAGACAGUCAAGUUUAAUCUGCGGAAUGGACGUCCUAUACUUUAUCGCGUGGACUUUCCCACACCCGGAGUGUUGCCCAAGCUGACGCAACUGACGAUCAACGACGUCGUCGUCUGCAGAGCCACGCCUUAUCCUCCAAGCAGUGUAACUUUGUCGCUUUCGCAUUCGCUGCGCUCGAACACAGUUCCUUUGUUCAGCGUGCAACCGCAGUUGCCGCCACAAUUUUCAAGACCUCAACCUCAACCUCGACCCGUUUGGCAGCAAGAACAAAUACCGGAAAUUCGUCAGCCAGUGCCACAACCUGCCCCGCCUCUAUCACCGCCUGCUCCGCCAAGACCUGCCCCAACUGUUGCUCCCAGACCUGCUCCAACUCUUCCACCUGCUUCUCGUCCUCGACCCUCGACUGGUGGCCAAAGUCUCUCGCAACUGAAUGAUAUUUGUGGUCGGGAGAAGGCGAUCACCUCGCCACUGAUCUUCCAUGGCGCUCAAGUGGCACGUGGUCAGUUGCCUUGGAUGGUGGCACUCUUCGAGCGUGUGGAGAACGGCAUCUCUUUCUUCUGCGGUGGCACUCUCAUCUCUGCCUCGACCGUGCUCACAGCAGCGCAUUGCUUCCGCUUUGGCAGCCGCGAUCUGCCAGCGAGUCGAGCUGCUGUUUCGCUGGGUCGCAACACACUUGAUCUGGUGUCGGAAGGGGAACUGCGACAGGUCUCUACUCUGAUUAUCCACCAGGAGUACACGCCGGACAACUUCACGGAUGCGGAUAUAGCGCUGUUGCGCAUGUCAUCGCCAGUGAGCUUUGGCGACUUCAUCAAACCGAUUUGCCUGUGGAACGAGAAUUAUCGGUUGCAGCUGGAAUCGGGACACGUCUCCUACGUAGCUGGCUGGGGUGCUGAUGAGUUGGGCAACGCGAACACACGCAUUGCCAAGAUGACGGACACGGAUAUUGUCACCGAAUCGGAAUGCAUACGAGGUCUCAAAUCACCUGAGAGCACGAGUCGGGUGACAGACCGAACUAUUUGUGCCAGCAACAAGCAGGGAGCGGGUCCCUGUUCAGGGGACUCAGGAGGCGGACUCAUGUUGCAGGAACAUGAUGUGUGGCUGCUGCGUGGCGUCAUCUCCGCUGGACAGAGGCUGGCGAAUCGUUGUGAUCUGACGCAGCCUGUGAUCUACACUGAUCUGGCCAGGCACAUCACUUGGCUGCGCCAGAAUAUCUGGUUCUAGGUAGUAGAAGAUUAUGUGCUUAAGUUGUGAUAGAGAAGAGAAUGAGAGUCAAAGUGCUUUCGUAUUGUGUGCCAAAAUAAAUGCUAGCCUUAGCCUUAGACGAAAAA